AAAAACAAUAACUUUUUUAGAGGUUUGUAAUAAAAAUAUGGGGGGGGGGGGGAUAUACAAAUCUGUGAGACGUGGGUGGGUACCAAAAAAAUGUAUUCGCCCCUACUAUAAAAUCUUGUCGCCACGCCACUGCAUACAAAUACUUACAUACAAAAUAUGUGGCAAUCACUAAACAAUAUAUGCUUAGAAAUGACGGGGAUAGAAAUUAAUGUAAUCAAUUUUCAUGCUGAUUUUGAAAAGGCAGCGCAUAAUGCGGUAUUGCAAAUUUUUCCUCGAUGUAAAAUUUUUGAUUGUACCUUUCAUUUAGGACAAAAUUGGUUCAGGCAAAUACAGCAAAAUAAAAUAUUAUUAUCUGAGUACUUGAAAGAUUCGGAAAUUGGAAGAUGGAUGAAGUAUUUUUAUGGUUUAAGUUAUUUACCACCAAAUGAAGUUUCAGAUGGCUUUACAGAUCUUAUGGCGGUAGCACCUGGUACUGCAGUUAGUUCUUUAUUCUCAGAUUAUAUUUUAGAAAAUUAUAUAGACUCUAAUAGCAAUUUUCUACCAAUCUUAUGGGCUUGUGAACCAAAUGGCAAUCCCAAGACGACGAAUAAUGCAGAAAUUUUCCAUAAACAUUAUAAUAGCCAAUUUUAUACACCACAUCCACACAUACAUCAAGUCAUUGAUAUACUCAUUCAAAUUCAAAUUCAAAUUCAAAUUGAAAAUUAACUCAAUACAAAACAAUGUAAUGAAUUAUAAAAGAAAGGAAACUGUACAUAAAGAAGAAUACUUACAAGAUAUGUGGAAUAAAUAUAAAAAUAAAACUAU